UGAUCAGAUAUAUUCAGUUUGUGUACUCUCUCAGCAUAGAGCUCAUAUGCUGACUGCUUCUCCCUGUGAUGCUUGUUAUGAGUUGUCCAACCAAUGAGCCCGAGAGCUGCAGCAGCGAGGGAAGCAGCUGCACCACGUCCUCCAUCACCACCUCUGACCCGUCCUCUAUGUCCGCACACACUCGCACCACCCCCCAGCCGUCCCUCAGUGAUGCCCCUGACACCUCCAAACAUGAAGCUCCCCCACCUCCCCCCCUGCCGCCACCUCCUCCAGGGGCGCCCCCACCCCCUCCACCCCCGGCGACAACACCCUCCAACCACAACGCAAGGAAGAAGCGCCGCGUCCGCAGCUUCUUCUGGAAGCCGAUACCGGAGGAGAAAGUACGCGGGAAGCCCAACAUCUGGACGCUGGCGGUGCGGCAACAGCAGUACCAGAUCGAUGUUCGCUCUGUGGAGGAGCUGUUCGGGCAGCAGGAGGAGGCAGGGACAGGUGUACGUGGGGCGAUGCCGGCCACAGGAACCUCUGCUCGUGUCUCCAGGUCUCGCUCCUUUAAGGAGAGCAGCAAAGAUGAGAUCAGCAUCCUCGACUCUAAGAGGGGGAUGAAUGUGGGCAUUUUCCUGAAGCAGUUCAAGAAGUCGAAUCGCUCCAUUGUUGAAGACAUACGACGCGGGGAAGGAAAGAUUUAUGGAGCAGAGCUGCUCAAAGACCUGCUGAAGCUCCUGCCAGACGUCGAGGAGGUCAAGAAACUUCAGGCGUUUAAAGGAGAUCCAGACAAGCUGACGCUGGUCGAUUCCUUUAUGUACCUCUUAAUCCAGGUGCCUCGGUUUGAGGUUCGGAUCGAGGCCAUUGUCCUUCGCGAAGAGUUCUUCCCUUCCUGUGCUAUAAUGAGCCGCGAGAUCGAUGUCAUCCGCGUCGCCACUAAGGAGCUGAUGAGCUGCGAGGAGCUUCAUGCCAUUCUGCAUCUGGUGCUGCAGGCCGGAAACAUUAUGAACGCUGGUGGCUACGCAGGCAACGCUGUGGGCUUCAAGCUGUCGUCCCUCCUCUCAUUGGCUGACACAAAGGCCAACAAGCCGGGGAUGAACCUGCUGCACUUUGUCGCCAUGGAGGCAAAGAAAAAAGAUGAGAAGCUGCUCAGGUUUCCAGAAAAACUCCAAGAUGUCCAGAGUGCAGCCAGAAUCUCAGUGGAAAACAUUGAGGUGGAGUUUUCCUCCUUAUAUGUGCGGAUUAGAUCCCUGGAGGAGAAAGUUCAAGGAGACCAGGAGCUUCUGCAGCAGCUGGAGCCCUUUCUGCAGAGUUCAGCUCUGACGCUUCAGGACCUGAAGAGACGCAGGCUGGAUCUGCGUAAAGAGGGGAACAUGCUCAUCGACUUCUUUUGUGAAGACAAGGACACCUUUAAGCUGGACGAAUGCUUCCGCAUCUUUCAGGACUUCUGCAUCAAGUUCAAGAAAGCUGUCAAGGACAACAUGGACCGCGAGUUAAAGGAAGCAGCUAGACAGCGUCGUCUGCGAGAGCUGGAGGAAAAGCGUUUUGCUUGGUCAGGUUCAGAUCAGAGCAGCGGGUUUGGUCGCAGCAGCAGUGAGAACGACGUGGAGAUGCUCACCAAGGAAGGCCUGCUGGACUUCUUCCAACAGAGGUCUCAGAGUCCACACAGCCCGCUGGGACGCUCCGCCAGCGCCCGCCGCCACCGUCACACCAUGACCUCCAUAGCAGACAGAGAACUAAAAGGAUACCUGGAGCUAUUUGGAGGCUCUGUGAAUCCCACUGACUAUUCCAAGUUUAACAGCCUACCUCGGUCGGGCCGCGCCGUGCAGCGGAGGACGACCCCCUGGAUCUUAGCCCAGGACGACAACCGCGAGCUGGGCUGCGACAGACAGGUGACGUCGCCACAUGCAGAAACUGAGCCGAUCAGCCCGCUGGCCAGGUUCUCCUCCUCCGGGCUAAACGAUAACGACACAUAUAACAACAACAAUUACUCAUCUGUGUCAGAGGGCAGCACUCUGCCCCGUCCCUUUUGUGUUUUUCAGAAGCCCGCCCAUCUUCCCAACCCGACCGUUACCGGCCACAUGAAUGUCAGCGUGGAGACGCACACUUUAGUUCGAGGUCCUCGAGCCUUUGACCUACCGAGUCCAAACAACAACAGCAAUCACAUGCACUUUGUCAACCAGGGGGAUGUUGUGGUGACUGAUUUGGAAAAGGAGAGACAGUCACAUCCCAUAAAUCUGGACGUCCUUCGACAUGAUAGAGUUCUAGAAAGAGGAGCGGAUCCCAAAGCAGCCUGGGCAGGGAAGAUGGAUCCUCCUACACAGGCUGGGGUCUCUCCUGAGAGAGACAAAGAAGAAGAGGACAACAGCACAAUUUCAUCAACAACCUGUGAUACACCCCUCCCAUUAGAUACAUCUGUGUCCAAUAAGAAGCCAGUGUUUUAUGUACUAGACUGCACAGAAGCAGACUGCUCUGUCACCUCGGAUUACUCUGAGGUUGAAAGCUCGUCUCUAACAAAAGAGGGACUUCAUUUCAGAACACCUGACAGCGGGAGAUCUGAUCAGGAGAGCCAGCAAGAUCCAAGCUCUCUGUCCUCUAACUUGGAGUCUCCCAACGACCAGUCAACCAACGAACUUUCAGCGCCAAAAUCUGCGGACGCAUCAUCCAUGACCCCGUCUGCGACAGAGGAGUGGGACACAGAGAGCUGUGACACCGCUGAGGGGAAACAAAGUGUGGACAAAGAUGCACAGAGAAGCAGCAGAAAACCAGCCCACGCAAAGAGCAAAACUAACAAGGCGACUAAAGGCAGCGGAGGUCGGGGCGUGCGAACGCUGACCAGCAGCGAGAGCCAGGGCAUGCGAAAAGUUGUACCGAUUAGCAAGCUUACAAGGACAGGCAGCAGCAAGAGAGCAGAGAAGCCUUUGGCGAAUGACGGUGGAGAGUCACGCCGGCCUCUUCGGGACCAGAGCACCCCGGCGAGAGGACGGAGUGAGAAGACGACAAGACCUCCUCGACACUCCAGUCUGCCUCCGGAUGAGUCAAAAGGUCAGAGGGGAAGCAGCCUCACAGGUGGCGUUUCAAGAUGGGCACGCGAUUCAACACCGAGAAAGGCCUCCAUCCACAAACCAAGCGCCAAACCCCUGAGGAACAUCCCCAAGCCUGCGCCUGAGGAGAAGAUGUGCCGCUCCACCAUGAGAGCUCUGGCUCAGGCCCAAGCUCAGGCUCAGGGCGGAGCGUCCUCUGAGAACAGCAGCUGUCACACAACCGGCGUAAAAAACCCCUCUGAAGUCCCCAGCUUUGCCCGCAACACUGUAGCUUCAACUUCCAGGACCAAGAAGGAGCUGGCUCAACCGUCUGUCCCCUCGACGCCGUCUCGCAGCCCCUCGCUUCUAAGUCGACAGACCCCAAUGAAGCAGAACAGGUUGCCACCCACAGUUCAUACCAGCGAGGAGCGGCCACAAGGAACAAACCUGAGACGGGUGCAAAGUGUCAAAGCGACCAGUCGCAGCGCUUACCGCAGCGAGACUCCGCCUCCACCUUCAACACGUGACGAUAUUCGUAAGACAGGUAGCUUUUCUGAAAAGUCAGUCCAGUCGAGAGACUCGGCGACACCAAGCAGAGGAGCUAAACCGAGCUGGAAAUAAAACUGCAGCAAGACCUGAAGAAAGAGGCUUUGAUUUACAUUGUUUUUCGCUUUUCUUCCCAUCUACACUGCAAAAUCUCAUAUCAUGCAAAAGACGGGAAUCUGAAAAAAGUUUGACGCCAACUCACCUUACUCCAGUAGCUGACGCUCUAUCAGAUUUAUGAAUUGCAAAGAGCAAG